AAAACUCAGAAGUUUGUGACUCCCGAUUUCCUAUCCAACUUUAUGUUUGGAAUUUUAUUUGCCAACUAUGAGCCCAUCACUUCAGUUAUACUAUUGAGUUUGAAGUUACUCUCAGAGCAUCCUUCGAUUUUGGAGGAGCUAACAGCUGAAAAUGAAGCAAUCAUUAGAAACAGGAAGAAUCCAAAUUCUCCACUUUCAUGGGAAGAAUAUAAAUCGAUGACUUUUACACUUAAUGUUGUGAACGAAGUUCUUAGGUUGGGAAAUGUAGCUCCAGGGUUGUUAAGAAGAGUAACAAAAGAUAUCAAAUUCAAUGGAUAUACAGUUCCAGCGGGCUGGGCCAUUAUGAUUGUUACUUCUGCUCAUCAACUGAAUCCAGAAGCCUUUAAGAAUCCAAUUAAAUUUAAUCCAUCACGUUGGAAGGACCUUGAUCCAACUGUGAUAUCAAAGAAUUUUAUGCCUUUUGGAGGAGGGAUGAGACAGUGUGCAGGAGCAGAUUACGCUAGGGCGUUUGCAUGCACCUUUCUACAUGUAUUGGUCACCAAGUAUAGAUGGACAAAAGUCAAGGGAGGAAAUAUUUCUCGGAGACCCGUUUUGGAUUUUGUAGAUGGCCUUCAUAUCAAAAUCACAGAAAAGAGCAACUGAAUGCGAUAAUAUUUCAGAGAAGCAAAAACCAGUUCUGUUUUAUACCCUUACGUGCACUGUUUUUUCUUGGUUACUUUGUUUUAGUUUUUUUGUUAUGUAAUUCAUACUGUUAUGUUGUUCAAAACUACAUACUGUUCUGAAAUGGCUACCCCAUGUUUGUGAUAUGUAUGCAUACUUUUCAUUAAUAAAGUUUUUUUUUCUUUACUGAUAAAAAAAAUAAAAUAAAUAAAUAUGUAAACUAUGCUCUAUGCAUAAACAAUAUUGCUUCCUUUGUACUUCCGUAAAAAAAUUU